AUGUGGAACCAAUUCGGACCGGUAGAAGGGACUGUCUACGCCGUCAUGGGAGCGACACUCGUCGUUUUCUAUACGAUGUGGAGGAAGAAGAAGGCAAUCGAGGCACCAAAAGGAGCGUCUCGAAACCAUCAAUCACUGGAGUUAAAGUUGAACUGGGACCAACAGUCCAUCGAAUUGGCGAAGCAACCCGGAGUGUUCAAAUGCGGCUAUCUUCUUGAUGACAAUGUUGAUACCGUCGAGACGGCUUAUCCGGAAGUGAAGACACUUUAUGAUGUCUUCCUCAGGGGCAUUGAUAAAUCCGAAAAUGGUGACUGCUUGGGUCGUCGUAACGGCGAAGACCCUUACGACUGGGUCUCGUAUUCUGAUGUCUUCCGUCAAUCUCGUGACAUCGGUGCGGCCCUGAUCACGCGACUUGGCCUAAAACCUGGAAAUACGACAAACGUCGGUGUUUAUGCGAGGAACAGUCCGGAAUGGUUUGUGACGGCUCUUGGAUGUAUUCAGCAUUCUCUCGUCGUCGUGCCAUUGUACGAUACACUUGGGGCUGAAGCGGCUGAUUAUAUCAUUCAACAAGCUGAUAUCGAAGUAAUCUUUGUCGACAAUCUCGACAAGGUGAAGAAGCUUGGAGGUACCAGCGACAAGAUCCCGACAUUGAAGCACGUUAUCGUUAUCGAUAACAUCAGCCCCGAUGAUCUACCCAAGGACACCGGCUUCGAAAUCCACACCUUUGCUGAGGUGCUCAACUACGGCCAGCAGAACCCGCAAAAAAUGCAUCUCCCAACCAAGGAGGAUACCUAUAUCAUCUGCUACACUUCCGGAACGACUGGAACGCCGAAGGGUGUCGUCCUGUCCCACAAAAAUGUCGUCGCCAACUUGGCUGCGUUUGAGCUGCUCGUCGCCAACUUCUUGGAUCAGAAGAUCGGAAAGGGAGAUACGAUCAUUUCCUACUUACCUCUUUCGCAUAUGUUCGAACAGAUGUGCCAUUGGUCAAUGAUCCAGGCUGGAGCCCGCAUUGGAUAUUUCAGGGGAAAUAUUUUGGGCCUCAAUCAAGAUCUUCAAGCCCUCCGCCCCACCGUAUUCCCGGUUGUCCCACGUCUAUUGAAUAGAUUCUACGAUGCUAUCCAGGGUCAACUUCGGAAAGCCGGCCCUGUUCAACGUGCCGUCUUCAACUUUGCAUAUGCCAGAAAGCUGGCUAUGCUGAAGAAGGGUAUCUGCACCACUGAAACCGUCUGGGAUACGCUUGUCUUCAAGAAGAUCCAAGACCAAAUGGGAGGUCAAGUUCGUCUGAUGGCCACCGGAUCUGCGCCAAUCUCGGCUGAGGUUUUGGAGACUUGCCGUGUCGCUCUUGGAGCCACGAUUUUCGAGGGUUACGGCCAAACAGAAUGCACAGCGUUGGCCACGAAUACCUGGCCUGGAGAAUUCGAGGGCGGACAUACCGGAGGCCCCGCACCAUGCACACUCAUUAAACUCGAAGAUGUCCCAGAAUUGAAUUAUUUUGCUGCCGAAAGGAAGGGAGAGAUUCUGAUCAAGGGCCCUCAUGUUACCUCUGGAUAUUACAAAGAACCCGAAAAGACGGCCGAAAUUAUUGAUGCUGAUGGUUUCUUGCACACUGGUGAUAUUGGAUACCUCCAGCCAAAUGGUACCCUAAAAAUUAUCGACCGCAAGAAGCAUAUCUUCAAGCUUGCCCAGGGAGAAUACGUGGCUCCUGAGAAAAUCGAAAAUAUCUACACUCGAGCGCCGAGCGUACAGCAGGUGUUUGUCGAUGGUGACAGCUUGGAGCGUUAUUUGAUCGCUGUUGUCGUUCCGGAGACGAAGCCGCUGGUGGAAUGGGACGGAAAGAAAAGGUCGAUCCAGGAGAUCUGCAAAGACCCGAAAGCCGCCGAAUAUGUGCUCCAGGAGCUUGUGCGGAUCGGAAAGGAAAACAAGUUAAACUCGAUUGAGCAGGUGAAACACGUCAUCUUGGAAGCCGAUCCAUUCUCUGUGGAAAAUGGUCUUCUCACCCCCACCCUCAAAGCAAAACGACCCCAACUCCGGCUCAAAUAUUUCGACACAAUGAAAGAGAUCUACAAGAACAACCCCAAU